GAGGCUAUUUUAGGUGAGCGUGCGCCCAAGCAGCCCUGGAGAGCAAGUGAAGGAGCAAGCUUGGCGAGGAAGCUGUAAACGGAAAAGGACGGGGGUGUGCGCACCUGCUGCACCUCCUCAAGUAGCUGGACAACCCCGAACUGCCCAAACACCCUCCCAGCGAGCCUCGCUACCUGCCCGAAGGCGCCUGCGCGCUCAGAACCCCACCCUCGGAGUCACCUGUUGGAGCGCCGCGCCCUCUUCGCCUUGCGCAUGCGUGAUACGCGCCGCACGGGCCGUGGAGUCACGUGUCAGGGCGCGAGCCGUCUCCCCGGGGGCUCUUCCUGUCACGGCUGCCUCGGCGGCCCUGGGGCCGCGAGAGGCCUGGGCGGUGCCGGGCGGGAGGAGGCCCGGGUUGGUUUCGGAUCCGCUGCGAGACAGGUAUCUAGGCUGCCAAGAUGCCAGGGCCAAGACCUCGGAAGGGCCCUCAGGCCAGUGGCCAGGGUGUGGCGGCUGCCAAGCAGCUCGGGCUCUUUGUGGAGUUCAACCCUGAGGACGUGCUGCUAGGGGCAGAGGAGACUGAAGAUGACGGGGACCUGGAGGCCGAGCUGCUGGCCCUCACUGGGGAAGCAGGAACCACAGGCAGGAAGCCAGCUCCCAAGGGGCAGGCCCCCCUACCUAUGGCCCAUAUUGAGAAGUUGGCAGCGGACUGUAUGCGGGAUGUGGAGGAGGAGGAAGAGGAGGAGGACGGCCUGGAGGAGGAUGCAGACUUGCUGACUGAGCUGCAGGAAGUCCUGGGUGCAGAUGAGGAGGCUGUGCCCAUGGAUGACAAUGAGACAGCCAGUCCAGGUGACUCUGAGGAGGAGAAGGGGCAGGAAAACAUUGAACCUCCAGUGCAGACAGCUUGCCUAACAGCUCCCGUCCCAGCGGCUCAGGCUGGAGGGCCUCAGGGGCUGCAGGCUCUGCUGGAGGAUCGGAUCCACAACUACCGGGAGGCCGCGGCCAGUGCCAAGGAGGCAGGUGAAGCAGCCAAAGCCAGGCGCUGUGAGCGUGGCCUGAAGACUCUGGAGUCCCAGCUGGCUGCUGUGAGGAAAGGCAGGAAGAUCAAUGAGGAUGAGAUUCCACCCCCAGUGGCCUUGGGAAGGAGGCCCCUGGUCCCCCAGGAAACAACCAACAGGAACCCCGAAGCAGAAUCCCCAGCUCCCCCUGCCACGGGGCCAGACAGCCCCUCCCAGCCCGAGACAAGCCUCUUGGGCAGCCCUGGCGUUUCUGCCCCACCUGAUUCAGACCCAGAUCUCCGGGCCCUGCUCUUGGCUCGACAGAGAGAGUACAAAGUGGCUGCCCUGAAUGCGAAGCGGGCUGGGGACCUGGACCACGCCCGAGAGCUCAUGAGGAUUGGUAAGAGAGUUGGUGUCAUCCUGGAGGCCCUGGAGAAGGGGCAGCCUGUGGACCUGAAUGCCCUGCCCCCAGCGCCUGAGGCACCCUCAGUUGUAUCUCCAGCAGUGGAGCGAGUACAGCCAGUGAUGGCCGCUGACAUCCCAGCAACCCCCGUGGCCCCUGCUGAGCCACAGACAGUGCUAGACGCCCUGCAGCAGAGGCUGAACAAGUACCGUGAGGCGGGCGUCCAGGCUCGGGGCAGUGGGGAUGAGCGCAAGGCCCGGAUGCAUGAGCGCAUUGCCAAGCAAUAUCAAGAUGCCAUUCGAGCACACCGAGCAGGACGAAAAGUUGACUUUGCCGAGUUGCCUGUUCCUCCGGGAUUCCCCCCUAUACCUGGCCUGGAGCCCACUCUGGGUCCUGAGGAGGAUGUGGUGGCAGCUACUUUAGCAGCUGCCCAGAAACUGGCCUCCUCAGAGGAUACAGCCCCAGCAGAGGACGAUGAGGAUGCGGACAAGGAUGAGCUCCCAACCCAGGCCCCAUUGGCCAAGAAGCCAGCACAGCCUCGGGUCCCUUCAUCCCGGCCCCUGCCUGAGCCCAAGGCCUCGCGUUCUAAGGAGCUGCUGAGUCCCUCUGUGGGAGAGCAGCUGGCCCUGCUAGAGGCACGGAAGCUGCAGUACCAGCGGGCAGCCCUGAAGGCCAAGCGCGGCCAGGACCUGGAACAGGCCAAAGCCCAUCUGCGGGUGGCCAAAUGCCUUGAGGCUCAGAUCAUCCAGGUGAGAGCCGGCCGACCUGUGGACCUCUCCAAGGUGCCUUCACCCUUAACGGAUGAGGAGAGUGACUUCAUCUUGAUCCACCACGAGGACCUGCGGCUCUCCCAGAAGGCCGAGGAGGUGUAUGCCCAGCUACAAAAAUUGCUUCUGGAGCAACAUGAGAAGUGUCUGCUGUUCUCCAAGCAGUUCAUGCACCAGGGCAAUGUGGCUGAGACGACCCGGUUUGAGAAGCUUGCUCAGGACCGCAGUAAGCAGCUUGAGAUCCUGCAGCUGGCCCAGGCCCAGGGCCUUGACCCUCCGAGCCACCACUUUGAGUUGAGGACAUUCCAAACUGUGAGGAUCUUUGCAGAACUCAACAGCACAGAAAUGCACCUGCUUAUUGUCCGGGGAAUGAACCUCCCAGCCCCUCCAGGGGUGACCCCUGAUGACUUGGAUGCUUUUGUGCGGUUUGAGUUCCACUACCCUAAUUCGGACCAGGCUCAAAAAAGCAAAACUGCGGUGGUGAAAAACACAAACUCUCCAGAAUUUGAUCAACUCUUCAAACUAAACAUCAACCGAAACCACCGGGGCUUCAGGAGGGUGAUUCAAAGUAAAGGAAUCAAAUUUGAAAUCUUCCACAAAGGAUCCUUCUUCAGAAGUGACAAGCUGGUCGGCACAGCCCACCUGAAACUGGAACGGCUGGAGCAUGAGUGUGAGAUCAGAGAGAUCGUGGAGGUUCUGGAUGGAAGGAAGCCCACUGGGGGCAAGCUGGAGGUGAAGGUGAGGCUGCGGGAGCCUCUGAGUGGCCAGGACGUGCAGACGGUCACCGAGAACUGGCUGGUCCUGGAGCCCAGGGGCCUGUAAGGUGCGCAGCUUUCUGGGCCCUUAGAACCUCUGCCCCAGCUCGCUGCCUGGGCCCCCAUGGAGACCCUUCUAGCUCGCAGCCCGUAUCUAAGGAGAAAGCCUAGGGUUUUCUCAUCUGUGAGGAGGACCAAGAGGCAAACUUCUGGGGUAAGGCUCAGGCUGAGUUUCUCACGAUCUUGAGUAGAACCGCGGAGGGAAGUUAACUUUCCCAGGUCUGUUCUUCAGGAGAUCCUUUCUAAAAUCUACUUGUAUGUUCACUGCAGUUUAGACUUACUUCCUGUGCUUUGUGCCCUUGUACAACAGAGGAUCGAUGCUGGGAGAGGAGUCAGGCCAGCAACUCCUCCCCAGGUUUUUCUCCUCAGCUUUGCUGGCUGUGGAAGCCUUUGUCCUAAAGGAGAUGCUGCUACCCAAGCACCAAAGACCUAUCAAGUACUGGCAUCACUGACUAUGGCCCAGGGCCCUACUGGCACCUUCCCAGGCCUCCACCAAAGCAGGAUUCCCCCUCCUCCGCCCUCUGGGUGAAGGCAUGGACAGCCGCAUUGCCCUGCAUGGAGUCUUGUUACCCCUUAACCCCUGUGUAGCAACUGUUUGCAGCUUACCUCAGUCCCCAGUUGCACUGUUUCUAGAUGUGCCUUUAAAGAUAAAACUAAGGGAUGGGAAAACACGAGUGUGAUCUGGAACCCCCCCACCUCGCUUAAGAUGGGGGCAGGGUCCUGUGACUCCCUGUCCUGCACAGCUGUUCGCCCCAGCCCUGCCUGUGCCUUGGUUCCUGACACUGCUGCACCAGCCUCCCUGCUUCCCAGAGCUCUCAGUUCAGGACUGUGUGGUGGGAAGUGGGGGCAGGCUGUGUCUUGGGUUUGGUCCAUGCACCUAAGACCGAGAGCCUGUUACGUUAACCGAGGAAGGGGAAAACAAUAUAUACGUAUAUGUAUAUGUGUGUGUGUACAUAUAUAUGUUUUUUAAUGUAGCCAUUUUUAUUUAAGAUACUAGGUCUAAUUCACUGUAGGGGUUUUAUGCUCUCCCUACAAAAUAACCAUCAAAAGUCCUAAAGAAAAGCCCUGCUCCUCCUGUCACUUUUUGAAAGCCAGGGUAGCAGUAACAUUUGUUAAUUGACAGAAACUGCUCCUGUGUCUUCCUCUUUUGAGAGGGGACAGGGCAGUCUCGCUUCUUCAGCUAAUCACCUAGAGAAAUCCCUUAGUUCUUUCCUAAGAAAUUCUCGACUUUGUUCUUCUGAAUGGAUGGUGACAAUGAAGGGAUUUAUAGUUGCAACAGAUUUAAUGUUCAAAACCACAAUAUUCUUCAUUUCUUAGAAAUAAAUUUUAACACACUAUCUUUUUCCCCCUUUUUUGAAGCAUCAAGUUAACAAAGCAUUCCUCAAGAUAAUCUUUUACUGAUCGCUACAGUCCUGGCAAAUGUACACACAGCACAGGGAUUGAGCUUUUGUGUGUGUCUUUUCCUGGGAUGGGGCUGGACCAUGCGUCCCUGCCCACAAGAGCAAAGCUUUUAGUGGGUAACAGAGCAGGAAAAACAUAAGUUUCUGAGAGCUUUCUGGCCAGUUUUACUUACCUAUCAGAGUGAACUACCAAAACUUCCACAGAUGGGCUAUUUAACACUUAAAUGUCAUAGCUGUGUGUCAUCUAAGAUGAAAAGGAGGGUUGUUAGUUUUUGGAAGGUGGCUCACAGCAAAGAGGGGUGGUGGAGGGGGUCCUGACAUAGCUUAGUCUUCCGCUGGGGUUUGCCCCCACCCACCAGGCUUACUAAGAGGGCUAGGGGACAACUACAGCCCUGGGAAUUUUAAACCAAGGCCUCUGCUAGAAAUUUGGUAGAAAGUAUUCUGUGGCUUAAAGAUUUCCCUUCAUGACCUGUUCAGUUUCAUUCUGCUUCACUGCCCUUUGCAUUUUGGAAAACAGAGCCAAUAGGCUGAGGGAGGCAUGACAGCCGCCUACUGGACCUAGAGACUGAGGUUCUUGAAAGGCCUUUGUUGUAACCACGGCACGCAGGGGUCACUGGAAGUGGGAGGAUCCAGCCCAGCUUCAUUUGUCCCGAGAUUUAUCCAAAUGCAGCAGCUCCACUUUGCAGAUUAGUGACUUGUGGGCAGUUGGGAACCAUCCACAACCCAAAUCACUUUUAAAUUUUCUCUCCAGUUUAAUGCAGGGCACACUUUCUUCUGAAUUAGUGCACUGACUACAAUAUGGUUAGAGUCAGGAAAGCUUUGCUCACAAUAAAAGGG